ACACUUUUUAUAAACAUCAUCCAAAUUAUCAGAGAUGUCCGAUUCUUCAGCUGAGCCUUGGACAUUGGACAGUUCCAAGCAAAAUCUGUCUACGACAAGCACUACUUCGUUCCUUACUUCAACUUUAACCAAAGUAGUUUCUCAGACUACAAAACUCAUCACAAAUGAUUCCAGCACAGCAUCCAUACCUGGCAUUACUACAGAGUCUCUACAAACUUCAACCCCCUGGAUUGCCUCCCAGAAAACACCUCAUCCACUGACGGGGAAGGACCACACAGUGUUAGUGACCUUGAUAGUGAUGGGGAUUAUUGUACCCUCCGUGUUUGUUUUUGUCAUUGUAUCCAUUUGCUACAGACAGAAAAAGAUGGUGCGACAGAGAAGAGAACAAAUGCUACUCCGAAACCAGCAGGAUUUUGCAAUGGAUGAGUUACCAUACUCCAUGCGGGCUACACUAGCCUCUGGGAAAUUAUGACCCGCGAAUAAAAGGAGGAAGACUUUGUCAAUGAACAUACAUUAAUUAAUUAUUUCAUUGUUGUGAAUCACAUUUUGUUGCAAUUUAAUUUUUACAAUUCCAAGAUCUGUGCUUUAUUACCUUAGUGUUCAGUUUGCUGUUGUAUGUAAUUUUAUUUUUAUGCCCCCGUAUCGAAGUUUUUGCCCUGUCCGUCCGUCCGUCUGUCUGUCUGUUUGUCCGCUAAAACUUUAACAUUGCCCAUAACAUUUGAUUGGUUGGAGCUAUGGCUUUCAUAUUUCACUUGUGUAUUCAUUGUGACAAGACCUUUCUUUGGGUACCACCAUAUUUGACCUUUUGACCUUGACCUUGGAGUUUUGCAAAAUUUUAUCCAACUUUAACCUUGGCCAUAACUUUUGAACAAUUAGAGCUAGGGCUUUCAUACUUCACACGUGUAAUCCUUUUGACAAGACCUUCCUUUGGAUACCAACAACUUUGACCUUUUGACCUUGACCUUGGAGUUUUGCAAAAUUUUAUCCAACUUUAACCUUGGCCAUAACUUUUGAGCUAGGGCUUUCAUACUUCACACGUGUAAUCCUUUUGACAAGACCUUCCUUUGGAUACCAACAACUUUGACCUUUUGACCUUGACCUUGGAGUUUGACCUACUUUUGAAAAACUUUAACAUUGGCCAUAAAUUUUGAACCGUUGGUGCUAUGGCUUUUAUACUUGACAUAUGUAAUCCUUGUAACAAGACAUUCCUUUGGAUACCAACAACUUUGACCCUUUGACCUUGGAGUUUGGCCUACUUUUGGAAAACUUCAACCUUGGCCAUAACUUUUGAACAGUUGGUGCUAGAGCUUUCAUAUUUCACAUAUGUAAUCCUUAUGACAAGACCUUCCUCUGGAUACCAACAAUUGUAAUCCAUUGACCUUGGAGUUUGACCUUCUUUUGAAAAGCUUAAAUCUUGGUUAUAACUUUUGAAAGAUUGGUGCUUCAGCUUUCAUAUUUUACGUGUGUAUUUCUUGUGAGAAAGCCUUUCCUUAGGCACCAUUAAUUUUGACCAUUUGACCUUGAUCUUAAUGUUUGACUUACUUUUAAAAAACUUUUAACCUUUUCCAUAUCUAUUUAAUGGUUGCUGCUAGGGUUUUCAUAUUUCACAGUUAUAUUCCUCGAGACAAGACCUUACUUUGGGUACCAACAUAUUUGAUUUGCAUUUGAGAAAGUUUAACCUUUGCUAUAAGUUGUCAUACGGGGGCAUCAGUGUUUCACAAACACAUCUUGUUUUAUAAAGGAAAAUGUGCCUUACAAAGAUAUUCCAAGUCCGACAGAAAAACAAAUUACAGAUUAGUACAUUUGUGACAUAAAUAACAGUAGAAACACAUUACAGUAAUUCAAUCUUUAGAGGUUGUAAAAACGAGAAAGAAAAUGUCUGUAAUUGUUUUCCAUUGAGUGAUACAAUUUGAAAAGAAAAUAAGACAAAUGUUGCUUUAUAGUUAGUUUCUCUCAACCUUUAUAUUGUUGCUGAAUCAUAGGUGGUUUUAAUGCUUGUACAAGAAGUGUUUUGAAUAAUUUGACAGUCAAUGGGUCUCACCCAAUUGCAGAAUUUAUGUAGUGUUUAUACAUAUGUUUGAUUUAAGAUGCGAUAGCUUGAGGGCUUCAGCAUUGUGCACAUAUUUUGUUCUCAAGAUCAGACAAAGAUGGCGUGUGGAGUUUGAUACAUGCAUCUUGAUCUGAUAAGUGUUUGUAUUACAUGACAUUGAUUGAUGUAUUGAUAGAUUGAUCAGAACGUUGAUUUCAAAUCAAAUUGAAGACGCCAAAUAUUUUGAUUAUUGUAUCAUAUUCACUCCCUAUAUGCUCCGUUGAAAGCAAAGAAAAAAUGUAGAAAUGCACAGAUUAGAAGUGCAAAUUAUAUUUACAUUUUCAUCAUUACUAAUGAUUACAUGUAGUUGUUUGACCUCUAUUUGUAAGGAUUUUUCCAAGCUAAGGUUAAUGUAUAUUUAUGAAUUUUAUUACAUCACUACAGUACUUCAUUUUCAAAUCUGUACGUAUUAUGUACAUGUAUAUAUUUUAUUUAUGUGUUUUUCUACAUUUGUUUCCAUGACAUUGUUUAGUGAAAAGUAAUUUCACUGCUCGAGUACUGAUCAAUAAUUUGAUUCUCUUAAACAAAAUUACUGUAUAGCCUACCUUCACAGCUUGCUCACAGAAAGUCAGUGCAGCACUUUACAAAUAUACACAAGUUUGUUAUCAGGUUUUCUAUCCAAUUGUGUGAUGUGCCAUAUGAUGUGAAUUGUAUUGAGUCGAUUUUAUAAAGGAAACGUGUUUAUUUGUGUAUACGAUUUAUAGCAUGUACAUCUACAUGUUCAGUUGUUGGAAUUCAUUAAGUGCUUAACAGUUAGCUAUUUGAUGAGUCCUGCCAUUAUUUAGGCUUCAGAGUUCAAUGUUUCUAGUGUAAUUAGCAAGUAAUUACAUCUACUGAAUAUUUUCUCCUUUAUUUUUUAUAUAAAAACCACUCCCAUUCAUAAUUCAUUAAAGCCGCUGAACUACACUGUAGUUAGCUAUUGACCCGUUUUUUUAAGCCACCUAUAUGAAAGAACGCAGUUUAUCCAUGUUCCCAGAAAGUUCGUUCUUUACGUUUUUCUUCAGCCCCUAAUGUAACUGAACCUCUUACAUGUAAUGAAGUAUUUAGCGGUACAGAUCUCACCUGUGUUGACGUACGUACAUUACAUCGUCAUUGAUACUCGGUCGCGAUCAAAUGCAACUAUACUACGUCCACAGGUACUUGUGGACAGGACCCCCCCCCCCCCCCGAUAUUCAACCCCGGGGCUUGCUGGACAUUUUUUUUCACAAAUUAUAUUCAUUACACUUAUUCAUCAUGUGUACCAUAUAGGAAAAAAAUCGUGAAAACCCCAAAUAAUCCUUCCAUACAAAAAUAC